AUGUCCACCGCCGCUCCUCAUUUUUGGUCCACGCCCUUUCGCUACUGCAGCUGGGCUGCCCGCGAGAAGCCUGCCCUCUUCUGGUCCGUUGUCAUCGGCUUCGCUGGUCCCGCCAUGAUCCCCAUUGUCCGCCCCAUCCGCUACCGUCUCGGCGACAUCGAUGCUCCUCCUGUACCUUCAACCUAUCCCGUACCCAACGGACCGAGGAAACAGCUCACUGGCUACGACGACGAAUAA